AUGAAUUCAAGCACAUUCGAAACUGAACAACUUUUACCAACAGGAGAGGAAAAUAAACAUGAAAAACGACACGAACUUCAAGAUCGAACCAAAGAAUUUCUCCACUCCCGUCGAACACAUUUGUUCAUUCUUUUCUUGGUCUUCGCAGAUUUCCUCUGCGUUCUGACAACGAUUGUGAUCACAUUUCUUUGGCCAGAAAUAGAGCGAGAAGAACAUUACAUAUUUGAAGUUUUAUCACUAAUUGCUUUCACUAUCGAUUGUGUCUUUAUUGUUGAAAUUUCCUUGCAUCUCUUCGCGUUUGGACUAAGCUAUUACUUUAAGGGAUCCAAUUGGUUUGUUCAUUUAUUCGAUGCUACUGUUGUUAUUGCAACAUUUCUCUUAGAGAUAUUUUUAAAAGGAAAAGACAGAGAGGCUGCAGGACUGUUAAUUAUUUUUAGGUUAUGGAGAUUGAUUAAGAUGCUUGGUGCUGUUGCAGUUGGUAUGGGCGAAUAUUAUGAUGAACGAUGUGAUAAUUUGAGAAAAAAAGCAGAAGAAUUAGAAAAAGAGUUGAGCAUAGUUUUGGAUGAGGUUGAGAAAAUUGCCAAUGAGGAUAUGUGGGAUGAGAAUAGGAGAGCAAGAGUUUUUCGUAGAACUUCGGUUGGUGGAAGCAAAGAAAAUAUUUCUGUUGAUGUUGUACAUGAGUAA